AUGGACACCAAAUUUAUAACUGGAGGCUUAACUGAAACUGGACCUGCAUCUCCAGAAACCCAAAAGAUAGUUGAUGAGGUAAAGCCACAGUUGGAAAAAAAGACCAAUGAAACAUAUGACUGCUUUGAGGCUGUAAGUUACAGAAGCCUCUGUAACUUACAGAAGGUUUCGGGCUUCAUGUAUUAUGUAAAGGUACAUAUUGGGUGUAAUAAAUAUGUACAUUUGAAAAUAUAUGAACCUCUCCCUCACACAAAUGAGACUGGCAAAACCAAGGAAGAUGAAGUGAACUCCUUUUAG